AUGGAGCAUGAAACUACACUCAAACACGGCGGCGAGCCGAACCCGCUUGACACAACUGGCCUAUGCCUGCUGUCCCUGGAUGGCGGCGGCGUGCGAGGCCUCUCGUCACUCUACAUCCUGAAGAGCAUCAUGGACCGACUAAACCAUGCGCGGGAGCAGAUGAAGCUCCCUCCGGUGAAGCCGUGCAAUGUGUUCGACCUUAUCGGGGGCACAAGCACUGGUGGCCUCAUCGCGAUCAUGUUAGGCCGGCUCGAGAUGGAUAUUGACGAGUGUAUUGACGCAUACAGCGAUCUUGCUGCUGCGGUAUUCGGCGAGAAGCUAAGCUUAAUCCCUGUCAACUUCAAGGGUGAUAUCAAGGCCCGAUUCGACUCGGCGAAGCUGGAGAGCGCGAUCCGGAAGGUGGUCGAACGCAGCGGUGUAUCUGAGCAGAACCUGUUUAAUGACGGCAUUGAUCGCGGAUGCAAAACCUUCGUUUGCACCGCCGACCGCCACACAAAGGACAUUGUGCGUCUCCGAAGCUACAGCCUCUCUCACGAGCCAAAUAUCCGUACGACAAUAUGCCAAGCCGCCCUGGCGACAUGUGCCGCCACAACCUUCUUUAAACCCGUCAGUAUUGGAGACCGCUCAUUUGCUGAUGGCGGACUAGGCGCGAACAAUCCAGUGGACGAGGUGGAGGGCGAGGCGUCAAACAUAUGGUGUUCUGAGACGGGAGACCUGAAGCCGCUGGUCAAGUGCUUCAUCUCGAUCGGAACAGGGAACCCAGACAAGAAGUCGUUCACGGACAGUAUAGUUAAGUUUCUCGGGCAGGCAUUAGUGCAGAUUGCAACCGAGACGGAGAACACAGAGAGGAAAUUCAUAGCGAGAUGGGCAAGACAUUUCGAUGAAAAACGGUACUUCCGGUUUAAUGUCGAGCAGGGGCUGCAGGAGAUUGGGCUUGAGGAGUACAAGAAGAAGGGAGUGAUAGAGGCGGCGACGGAGGGAUACCUCACGCACAUGGCACAGAAGUUCCGGGUGCGGGACUGCAUUCAGAACAUGAGACUCAAAGAGAACAACACUGGACCAGAUUUUGCCACUGUUAUGCAGGAACAUACCCUUCGAUGGCAGUCAGUUCACCGCUUUGCUGUACCGUUAGACCUUACCGCUGUGCCGGUAAUUGAAAAUUUCUUUGGACGGCAAGACGAACUAGACAAGCUAUGGCAGUAUUUACGGCCGACAAGUUCACAGUCACGAAAAGUUGCGAUUCUUCAUGGGCUUGGGGGAAUAGGAAAGACGCAACUAGCGAUUCGCUUCGCACGGGACCACAAAAACAAUUUCACUGCCAUCUUUUGGCUGAGUGGCAAGGAUCGAGGCACGCUGUUGCAAUCUUUGAGUUCUAUCUUUCCCCGAUUACCAGGACAGUCACAAAAUACGAACACGAUCAAUGACGAGGAGAUGGAGCAACGUGCUAGGAAUGUACUGCAAUGGCUAGCAUUAGAGGGAAACUCGCGAUGGCUAAUCAUCCUUGACAACAUCGAUCAGUACUCUCCGGUAAAUAGCGCUGCUGGUGAUUCAUACAAUAUCAGGGCAUUCUUCCCUGCUACCGAUCAUGGCUCUAUUCUUAUUACAUCUCGGCUCCAAAGGUUGACUGAGCUGGGGAAGUCUUUUUAUAUCGGCAGGCUUAACUCUAAGGAUGCAAUCCAACUACUCUUACAAAGCAGUCGUCUAUUGGUGAAGGAUACAGCUAAGGAGCUUGAGAGCAAUUCAGGUACCAAGACCAUUAAUCCACGGAUCUUAUUGAUUAUACUUACACGAGUAGAUACCCUUACUCUUGCGAAUCGUUUAGAUGGACUUCCAUUGGCAAUCAUCAUCGCCGGGGCAUUUAUGCGUGAAACUGGAACCACUAUCACUGAGUACUUGCAGUAUUACCAAGAAUCUUGGUCCGACCUGCAGCUGCAUUCAAACCCUGAGCAUCAGUACCAGCAAGGUAACAUGCUACAAACAUGGAUGAUCUCAUAUCGUGAGAUCCAGAAGCGGGACGCAAACGCAGCGGCGCUGCUUCUGCUACUUGCUCGUUUUGACAAUCGAGAUAUCUGGUAUGAAUUAAUAAAACGCAGUUGUCAUAGCUCGAAUGUCCCGAUUUGGCUCGAAAGGACAGUAUCAAGUGGACUAGCGUUCAAAAUCGUCGUGAAGUCUCUCAUUGGGUUCUCCCUGCUUGAGACUAAGGAACAAGAGGGAGGCUAUGCUAUGCACCCAGUAGUGCAAGACUGGUGCGUUCACGUUGCUGGCACAGAAAAAAGUGUGAAUUUAAUUCAGCUCGAUGAACUGGCACUGGUAUCCGUUGGGUACACUGUACCUCUUUCAAGCGUCAGGAAUUAUUCCAAGCUUCAACGACGGCUUAUUCCACACGCGAACCAUGUCCGUAAUAAAGAUUGGUCAGGUACCAAUAUCGCGGUAUGGGGAGCAUUCCAUGGUUUAGGAAACCUCUACAACGAUCAGGGGAUGCUGAAGUCGGCAGAGGAGAUGUACGAGCGAGCCCUGGCAGGCAAGGAGAAAACCCUUGGGAGGCUAAACGAGGCAGAAGAGAUGUACCAGCGAGCCCUGGCAGGCUAUCAAAAUUCCCACGGUCCAGAUCAUAUAUCCACUCUCAGUGCAGUCAACAACCUUGGGAAUCUCUACUAUUAUCUGGGAAAUCUGGAGGAGGCAGAGGAGAUGUACCAGCGAGCUCUGGUAGGCAGGGAGAAGGCCCUAGGUCAAGAUCAUACGUUCGUCCUUGAUACUGUCAAUAAUCUUGGUCUUCUCUACUCUGAUCAGGGGAAGUUAAACGAGGCCGAGGAGAUGUACCAGCGAGCCCUGGCAGGCUAUGAAAAUGCCCACGGCCCAGAUCAUACCUCCACUCUCAAUACAGUCCACAACCUUGGUCUUCUCUACAAAGGUCAGGGGAAGCUGGAGGAAGCAGAGGGGAUGUACCUGCGAUCACUGUCAGGCAAGGAGAAAGCCUUAAGUCCUCAACAUAUGUCCACUCUCAAUACGGUGACCAACCUUGGGAAUCUCUACUUUGAUCAGGGGAAGCUAUAUGAGGCAGAAGAGAUGUACCAGCGGGCUCUGGCGGGCUAUCAAAAUGCCCACGGUCCAGAUCAUAUAUCCACUCUCAGUACAGUCAACAACCUUGGGAAUCUCUACUCUUAUCUGGAAAAUCUGGAGGAGGCAGAGGAGAUGUACCAGCGAGCCCUGGUAGGCAGAGAGAAGGCCCUAGGUCCAGAUCAUACCUUCACCCUUGAUACUGUCAGCAACCUUGGUCUUCUCUACUCCGAUCAGGGGAAGCUGAACGAGGCCGAGGAGAUGUACCAGCGAGCCCUGGCAGGCUACAAGGGGGCCCUAGGUCCACAUCACAGUAGGACGCGGCAACUUGAAGAGAGGUUAAAUGCCUUAAACAUUGCAGAUGUAAAGUAG